GCGCCAGCCAAGCUGGGAUCGGUCCCCGUGGCUGGAACGCGCGGGAGACAAACUAGAAGCCGGCGGGAACAUCCCGGAGCGCAGCCGCUUGGCUCGUGGCAGCUCAAGUUUCCUGCCCGCAGAGAGCUAAGAAAGGACAAAGGACGUACACACAGCCAUGGACUGGGGAUCACUCCAAGCCAUUUUAGGAGGCGUAAACAAACAUUCCACAAGCAUUGGGAAGAUCUGGCUUACUGUCCUGUUCAUUUUCCGUAUCAUGAUUCUUGUGGUAGCUGCAGAAAAGGUCUGGGGAGACGAACAACAAGAUUUUGUUUGUAACACUCAACAACCUGGAUGCAGAAAUGUCUGCUAUGAUGAGUCUUUCCCCAUUUCUCACAUUAGACUCUGGGCUUUGCAACUAAUUUUCGUGUCCACUCCUGCACUUUUGGUGGCAAUGCAUGUUGCCUACAGAAAACACGAAAAGAAACGACUGUGCAGAGAGAAAAUUGACAUUGAAAAUCUGAAACUGCAAAAGUUUCAUAUCGAGGGUGCCCUAUGGUGGACAUACACCAGCAGCAUUUUCUUCCGAAUUGUCUUUGAAUCUGUCUUCAUGUACACAUUUUAUUUCAUGUAUGGGUGGUACAAAAUGCCACGCUUAGUGAAAUGUGAAGCUUGGCCUUGUCCAAAUAAAGUAGACUGCUUUAUUUCCCGACCCACUGAGAAAACCUUGUUUACUAUUUUCAUGCUGGCUGUGUCAGGUAUCUGUAUGGUCUUGAAUGUGGUGGAGCUGUGUUACUUAGUGCUCAAGUUUUGCAUGAGAAAACCUAAGACCAUCAAAUCUCUGCCCAACCAUUAGACACUUACCUGCUCAUGCACCUAAUUUUGCAUUGAUUUCAGAAAAUGGUCAAUAAUAUUUUUAGACUCCUUGACUAUUAUAUGAUGCAGUUAUUUAAUGGCCACUUUGCUCUGACCAAUAUGACACCAGUGUCCACAGCAAAGCAACACCUAAUCCUUAUUACAUGAAAUUACUCCAAGUUCUUCCUACUGCUGAAAGGAGCUUAGUUUUGUUUAUUUGGUUUGUUUUUAAUGAAAAGAGAAUAGACUACUCAUCUUUAACAUUUCCAGCAGAAUGUUGCUGCAAGCAUAGACCUAUACAGCUCAAAAAACUCAUAUUCAGUGGUAAUAUUAGGUAAUUUUAGAUAUUGGACUUCAUGAGAUUACUUGAGAGAUUCAGAUGAAUACAAGAUGAGCUUUGGCUCUGAAUACAAGAUGAGCUUGCCAGCUGCCCUAUUUCUCUCUAGCUUUGAUGGUGAAUCUGAGGUAGAGAACCUCCCUUAUUCCACCCACCCAGUGUGGAGGCAGCUGAGAGGAAAUUAAUUCCAUCCAUCUUUCUUUAUUCCUCCACUUCUCUACUCCCCCAAUGCUUUCUGGGAUGUGUAGUUCCCAGAAUGUCUGAACGUUAUUGUUCCCAGAAUGCACUGGGGCCAGUAGAGGAAUAAAGAAAUACAGAGAUGAGCUGAGGGGACUAUAUAGGGCUCCACCUGCAUUUUGCCCCCAUCCAUCUGCUAAGCCAGGGUGACUAGACUUGGCCAGUGCCACUGCAUGUCUUUGAUAUGUUUUUAAUUAUUAUGGUAAGCCACCUUGAACCGUGAGGAAAGGCAGGACUGGAAUGUUUUAAUAAAUAAAUGUGUGGCAUUUUCAAAAAUGUGUAAAAGGACAAUUUCUUGUUGAUAUCAGAGACCUGAUUUUGCUUUUUCAGGGAGGAGAGACAAUAGCUGUCAUGCAGAUUUAUAACCCUAUCUGCAGUGGCAUAGCUGGAAUAUUACAUAUAAAAAUCCAAUAGAAAAAUGUAACAUUUGAUUGCAAUCCAUGGCAUACUGGACGGGAUAAACAAUUUCAAAAUUAUACCACUGCAUUUAGCAAGACAUCUGAGCACACCCUAGGAGAGCCUGAACCUUGCCACAAUUUGCUCUU